AAUAUUUCUCAGAAGGAAAAAUUUUGCUUUGCCCAGUCACUGUAGUACACCAGCAGAGUAAAACCUCGUGUUUCAGACAGACAAGCACAGAAAAACACAUUUUUGGUGACACUGCUUUCAGAUAGUGAGUGUAUAUACCUCCAUUUACACUGAGUUACGCUGACAGAAUUAUCAGACAGAAAUAUUCUAUCAUCCCCAUCCAAUUUCCUGAUUUGUUACAAGGCAUUUGGAGCAUGUGGGGUUGUGUUUACCUUGAGUUCUACCAUUCCUCCUGUUACUCUGUCUGGAUGGUUGUUUCCUGCAGUGAUAUCUAUAGAUAGGUCAAUAAAACAUGACUGACUUCUGCCCUGCUCACUGGUUCCUCAGCAUUGUCCCAAUAACCAUCAACUUCCUUUCAGAAGUUAUAAACGACAAUUGCUCUUUUCCAAUGGAAACAGAAAGCUUCCGUUCUUUGUUUCUACACCUGAGAAAUUUUUCUUCUCAUUCAAAAUAACAUUGCGUUUUUUUUCCUUCACUCUCAAUUAUUUUUUUAGACCUGUGGAAACAUUCAAUGGAUUAUUAUUAUACUUGGCCCCAGAGUUUGUGCAGCCCCAUCACUUCCAGCCUGCAGCGUGCGGAGGAAGCAAUUGGAUAUUGGUUAUUAUUAUUACUGCUUAUUCGUGUCGACCUUUGAGACCAUAAACAUCCCACUGGGUCCCAGAGUUCUUUCCUCUCUCUUUACACACUCGUGUGUUUAAGGACCGAGGUCGGGCUGGUAUCUGCUGUGAUGUCAGUCCUGAGCUUCCAUUUCUCCUGCUGUGACACCUCCGGCUCCAGAGGAAGCGCAGAUCUCUUUCCCAUCCAUCAGCUCUCACGUCCAGAACGUGGUAAUAACGAUGACGAGCAGCGCACAGAAACCUGAUGAAAGCAGAAGUAAACGCAGGAAAGAGCUGGAGGCUGAUGAUACAGAAAGCCCUCAGCUGUCCUCUGCUGACACAGCAGACCCGGUGCUUUCGGACAGCCUGCGGUCCCUGUACAAACCUGAGCCCCUGGAACAGCUGCUAAACGAGAUGAAUAAAGAAAUCAAGGACUUGUUGGCAAAGUAUGCCCACAUCUUAAGUGAGAGAGCAAUAAUGGAUGCUUCUUACGUCCAAGAGCUUGAUGGAAUCUUGAAGGAAGCGAGAACAAUAGAAAACCACUUAAAGCAGAAAAAGGAGAGUCUGAAGCAGAGAUUUGCUAUGAUUGCAAAUACUCUGCAAAGCUAAACAAAGUUUGUUACAUUGUAGAAAUGCUCAUUGUUGUAAUAAACUUUGAUACAUAAAAUUCAUAAACAAUGCUGGAUGUGAUGAAUGCUUCAUAUGUAUUUCUGUAAAUAUUUCUAGCAGUUCAGGAAACAUUUGUCAACUUUAGCAUCUUAUUUUUUUAAAUAAGUAUAUGCACUAUAAAGAGUAGUGGUAGUACAAAAGAUGCAAAAUAUUUAUUUUGAAUCCCACAAUGACUUCAAGGGAUUCUACAGAUUAGAAAAGCAUUUCUUAUUUGCUGAUCCAUUGUUUAGACUGUCCGUAUGCUUCCAUCCCAAGAAAAUUAACUUUUGGUACCCAAGUCAUAGUAGAAUGUAUCUUGAAUUUUAAUUUUGUUGUUGUCUCUGAACAUAAUUGAAUGUGACUGAAAAGAGAAGCUUAGAAAUAGGAGAGUUCUAUUAAGAGUUAUACUUUGGAAAUGUAUAACAAGAGGUUAAGUCUUAAUUUAAAUAUGUAUUUUGAUAUAUCUUCAGCCUUUCAUAUGAAAUAAAGAGUAUUUUCAUAUAAAAGUGCACUGUCAAAACUUUUCUGGUAGUAUCAAUAAAUAAAAGAUGAUGUUA